AUGGGAAUGGGGAUUUUUGUGCAUAGGGCUCCAAAAAAUGAUGAACUUACCUUAGUAACAACAGGACUCCUAAAUGAAGGUUGGGAAUGCGCGAUUUUUGGUUUAGAGUUCCAAAAAAAAAAGCUUAAAGAAAUAGUAGUAGCAGAAACAACAGCAGAGGCAGAAGCAGCAACAGAGGCAGCAGCAGAGGCAGCAGCAGAGGCAACAACAGAAGCAGCAACAGAGGCAACAGCAAAGGCAACAGCAAAGGCAAUAGCAGAGACAGCAGCAAAGGCAGCAGCAGAGGCAGUAGCAGAGAUAGUAGCAGAAGUAGCAGCCGAACAACAACAGAAAUACCUGAAAUAA